ACUAUGGGAUGGAAUCUAGUGAGAGAGAUAUCUGCAUUCUAUUCACGAGAUACAUUGCUGAGCUGCUCUGGACCUGUCUACUGAACAUUGAGGAUCAUGGUUACUAUGUAGAUGUUCAGUCAUUAAGAACCAACUGAGAGGAUCAGAGUAAAUGAGCUAUUAAAAAAUCUGUUAUUCUAAAUGGAAGAGAAGGAAGUUAAAGAUGUUGCUAUGAGGACAGAUUCAUCAGAAAUGACUGAUGUGGAGUCUGUGGUCACCAAUUUUGCAUCUUCAGCAAGGACAGGCCGCAGGAAUGCCGUACCGGACAUCCAGGGUUCAGCUGCUGCAGAGGGAACCUCAGAUUUGCCGGCCAAACUGGAGGCUCUCAGCAUGAAGGAAGAUGUAAAAAAGAAAGAUGAAGAAACAACACAAGUGCAAGUGGAAAACUGUCCAAAUGAAGGAAAAUGAAGUCUCGUCUCCUAUCAAAAGUGCUGAAUUUGUGUGCAUUGAAAGACUUAGAGGUUCUCUUUCCUCGGCCGUUCCCAUGUCUUCAUUGGGACAUGCUGUCCUCAGCAACAUGUGUGUUCCAGGAUUUUGUGAUGUUAUUUACUUGGAUUGUAAUCCUGAUAUGUUCUGUAAGCUAGCACAUAAAAGACAGGUUCCUUCCAAAUUACACCUAAGGAAGAGAUAAAGUAUGAUUGCUUAAAUACAUAUCAUUGUCUACAAACUCAACAAAAUUAUUGUUCCCUUAAAAACUUAGUUAGCCAGAUUUAUUUCUAAUUCCAUUUCUAUGGUAAUGGGUAAACUAUUUCUUGGGAAAUAUAAACCAACACCACUAAUUUAAAACAUAUAUUUGUAGCAAAGUGAUUUCUUCUAUUGUUGUUGUGAGGAACAAAAGAAUAAAAUCACAGUGUGUGUAUGUGUGUGUGCAUUGUGUUUUUAACCCCAAAUUUUCUAAAUCCCAAGAUUUGGCAAAGGUGUAAAACCUUGGCAACAUAAAUACCUGUAAGCUUUUUUGGUCUGAUAUCUUUUGCUUCUAGUCUAUGUGUGUAUGGUGAUUUUUCAUGUGAACCCUUAAGAUGCAAAAUCUAUCACAAAUUACUUCUAAGAAACAUACCUAUUAAAUGAAUUUCACUAUGUUCCUUAA